AUGUCCCAAGAAAGUUCUGGCUCUUCAGAGAUGUCCUCCGAUGCUCUAAACAUUAAGUUGCCUGGUAAACGAGGUCAGAAAAGCUCCAACAAGGAGAGCAGUCACCUGUGCUUGGAGUGCGGGAAAAGCUUUUCCCAAAAGAGCAACCUUGUGGUACACCAGAGGAUUCACACGGGAGAGAAGCCAUAUUCCUGCUUGGAGUGCGGGAAGAGCUUCACUAGGCAGGGUGGUCUGCAGCUACACCAGCUGAGCAAUCUCCAGAACCACCGGCGCAUCCACACGGGAGAGAAGCCCUACAAAUGCCUGGAGUGUGGGAAGACUUUCCACCAGCAAGGCAAUCUCCAACACCACAUGCGCACCCACACUGGUGAGAGGCCGUACAUUUGUUUGGAGUGUGGGAAGACUUACACUCAACAGAGUCACUUUUACAUACACCUGCGCAAUCAUACUGGGGAGAGGCCAUACAUCUGCCUAGAGUGUGGAAUGAGUUUCACUACCCGAAGCACCCUCAACAGUCACAGUAUCAUCCACACAGGAGAGAGGCCACACUGUUGCUCAGAGUGUGGCAAAAGCUUUACUCGACAGAGCGACCUGAACUUGCACAUGCACAUUCACACAGGAGAGAAGCCAUACCGCUGCUCAUACUGUGGACAGGGUUUCCGACAAGGAAGCUCCCUCAAGGCACACCAACGCAUUCACACGGGAGAGAAGCCAUACUGCUGCCUGGAGUGUGGCAAGAGCUUCAGUCGACCUGGUCCCCUUAAAGUGCACCAAUGA